AUGGCGGGCUGCGGGCUCUGUUUUUCGCUGCUGCUGGCGGCAGCGUUCGCCCGCCAGGCGCAGGCCCUCUGGCCAUGGCCCCAGUACAUCCAAACCUCCGAUUCGCACUACGCCAUCUUUCCGUACAACUUCCAGUUCCAGUACCACGUCAGUUCUGCCGCGCAGCCGGGCUGCUCCGUCCUCGACGAGGCCUUCCAGCGCUACCGCGACCUGCUCUUCGGCUCCAGCUCCUGGCAGCCUCCUGAACCCACAAGAAAACAGCAUACACCGGAGAAGAAUUCAUUGGUUAUCCUUGUGGUCCUUCCUGGAUGUGACCAGCUUCCUUCUUUGGAGUCGGUGGAAAAUUACACCCUGGUCAUAAAUGAUGAUCAUUGUUUCCUCCUCUCUGAGACUGUCUGGGGUGCUCUCCGAGGUCUGGAGACUUUUAGCCAGCUAAUUUGGAGAUCUCCCGAGGGCACGUUCUUUAUCAACAAGACCGAGAUUGAAGACUUCCCCCGCUUCUCUCACCGGGGCUUGUUGUUGGAUACGUCUCGCCAUUACCUGCCACUGACUAGCAUCCUGGACACUCUGGACGUCAUGGCAUACAAUAAAUUCAACGUGUUCCACUGGCAUCUGGUCGAUGACUCUUCCUUCCCAUAUGAGAGCUUCACUUUUCCAGAGCUCACCAGAAAGGGGUCCUACAAUCCUGUCACCCAUGUCUACACAGCACAAGAUGUGAAAGAAGUGAUUGAAUAUGCACGGCUUCGGGGUAUCCGUGUGUUGGCAGAGUUUGACACUCCUGGCCACACUCUGUCCUGGGGACCAGGUUUCCCUGGAUUAUUGACUCCUUGCUACUCUGGGUCUCGUCCCUCUGGCACCUUCGGACCAGUGAAUCCCAUUCUCAAUACUACCUAUGAAUUCAUGAGCACAUUUUUCUUGGAGGUCAGCUCUGUCUUCCCAGAUUUUUAUCUUCACCUUGGAGGAGAUGAGGUUGAUUUCACCUGCUGGAGGUCCAACCCAGAUAUCCAGGCCUUUAUGAAGACGAAAGGCUUUGGUAAUGACUUCAAGCAGCUGGAGUCCUUCUACAUCCAGACACUGCUGAACAUCGUCUCUGCCUAUGGCAAAGGUUAUGUGGUGUGGCAGGAAGUGUUUGAUAAUAAAGUAAAGGUUCCUCCAGAUACAAUCAUCCAGGUAUGGCGAGAAGAGGUACCAGUAAAUUAUUUGAAGGAGCUGGAGCUAAUUACCAGAGCCGGCUUGCGUGCCCUGCUCUCUGCCCCCUGGUACCUGAAUCACAUAACUUAUGGCCCUGACUGGAGAGGUCUCUACGUGGUGGAGCCCCUGGAAUUUGAAGGUGGCGCUCAGCAGAAGGCUCUAGUGAUUGGUGGAGAGGCCUGUAUGUGGGGAGAGUAUGUGGACAGCACAAAUCUGGUCCCCAGACUCUGGCCCAGAGCAGCAGCCGUUGCUGAGAGGCUGUGGAGCAACAAGUCGGUGACUAACCUGGACAUGGCCUUUAAACGUCUGACACAGUUCCGCUGUGAGCUGCUAAGGCGAGGUGUCCAGGCCCAACCCCUCAAUAUAGGCUACUGUGAACAGGAGUUUGAACAAACCUGAGCAGCCCCAGGCACUGAAGAGGGUGCUGGCCCUAGGAGAGUGGUAGUGGGGCCAGGCUUCCACUGCAUCCCGGCCGGGGGACGGAGCCCCUUGCCUACGUGCCCCUGUGCAUGGAGAGAAGGGGGCCAGUGUUGGCACUAGCAUCCAAUAAAGAGUGAUGUGGCUUUUUUCCAUAAUGAA